AUUUUUUGGAAAUCUUCUUCUUCAUUCUGUUUGACUACUUGGAUUUGGAUUUUUUUUGUUAAAUGGAUCUUUUAGUUGGAGGAUCUUCUUCUUUCGACUCGACGUAAACAUGAAUCACAUCACGUCACGUAUUCAUCAACGUAAUCAAUCUUAAAACUGCUAAAUAAAUACGAUGAAUGCUUCUUAUGGAACGUAAUCCCACAUGGAAAUUGAUGUAAAUUUGUCCCACCGAACUACUCGUGGUAGAGAUGAGAACUCGAAAAAAGGAUUAGUGUCAGUUAUACUCCCUUGAAUCUAAAUUGAAAUUUUAAAAAUCCAGUUUUUAAAAAAUUAAUUAGUUCGAAAAGUGUGAGUGACGCCAAAGAAUUCGACCUGGACCACGAAGAACGGUGGUGGUGGGUGCUUCCGUGCAUGUAAUGCAUGGCGUCGCAAAAGAAUCAAUUCAAAAUUUAGUUCAUUUUUCGAAAAACUGGGAACAAAAUAAUGCCUGCCCUUCUCCACUAACGACCAGAAUCAUCCCUCCAACUCUGCCAGGACGUUGAUUGACUAUGAAAUUAAAUGAAUCAAAUCUGGCAGAUCCUUUGCUCUUGUCGGGAUGCCCUCUGGGUGGGCCGGCCUGGGGGACGGGGUCGUUUGGCGGUCAAGAGCUAAUUUCUACAACCACGUCCACCUUCUCGGAAGACAAUCUCAUCCUUCCACCCACCCCCAGCUCAGGGGGGAGCACGAGUCUGUCCUGUAAAAGUGGGACGUCCCCCCCAUCCUCCGGACACGGCGUGGAGCUAGACGCACUUCUGAUAGUUCAAAGCAGCGACAGUUUUGCGGAACUUAAACCCUUGCCCCCCUUCGAGUAUGCCAACCCCACGGUGCAACUCACCCUGCACAAUGACCCCCGCCUCCCACAAAUGGGCUCCACCACGGCGACGGGCUCCUCACCCAGCCAGUCGUCGACAGGAGGAAGAAGUGCUAAUAAUAGUAGUAGUAAUAAUAAUAAUAGUAACAUCCACGCCCACAACAACCAUUCCCACUCCUCCGGGGGGAAUAAUGCCCCCAAUAAUUUGAGACACGGUGGGAGCGGGGGUUCCACGGGGGGCAGCAGUAUCGUCAGUUCGCCGACGGGAAACUUUUCAUCUUCUUCGGUCGGAGGUUCGCCGAGUUCCUUGUUCGAUGCGGUGUCCAGCUCAACGACGCCGGUGAUCACGCCCAAUAUUAAGUCGGAGUUGGCUGAUUAUCUCUUAAAUUCGGACAUCGACGAUAUUGCUGCCUUAAUCGGAAACGCUAUCGCAGACUCGACCGUGCCCAAUUUAGGCAUAGAAUUAGACCCGAAUGGCGUCACCUCAUCCACAAUUGACCCCUGGACCGAAUUGGACGCCUGGAUUGAGAGUGCAUGUCAACAAACGCCCGGACAGCCGCAGAUGGGUGGGACGAAUGUUCCCGGAAAUGGGCCAGGUCCCGGGGGACGGGGACAAACGACGGGAAUUUUACUAGAUCAAGACGCCACGAUCCACACAUCCGCGGCGGACCAUGCCUUCCUGGACGGAAACAGUUCCACGUUGCAGACGCUACUGGAAGCGGACAGUUUUUCGGGGGGGUCGGGCGGAAACAAUAUUUAUCAUCACCAUCAUCCCGACAUGAAACAGGAGUUUCACAAUAAUAAUCAUUCCACGUCGAUACUUCAAUCAAGAUUACAACAACCAAUUCCUGGUCAGCUGCUGCGAAUCUCCGGGGGUCCGAAUACGUCCCCCUCACAAAUGCCCGAGUCCACCACGCAUCAUCACUACGGCCUCAAAGUGGAUCCUUACACAUUGGAUCAUCCCGGAUCUCCCACCUACAUCGACCCCAUCACGGGCGAGGUCACGCAACGCCCCCACACCACGCACGUUUCACCCCCAGUCGUCACCUCCACCAUGAUGAGCAAUGGGAGCUCCAAGUACCGGAAGCAAUACAAAUUGUCCUCGAACAACAAGGGCAGCAGUCCGACGUCGAGUGGGGGUUCGUACCACGACGGGUCGAAUAACUUUAUCUCACAGUUCGGACCCAACUCGUACGACCACCACCACCACUCGUCCCACAACGGGCUCGGGAACCAGGUAAGUUAUGCCACCUCCUCCCACAUUGGGCCACCUUGGUCUUCUCACGCUCACAAUCAACCUCAUCACUCAUGGCGCAGAGAGCAAUCUAAAAUGGGGAUCAAGACCAAGAGAAAGUCGUCCAAGCUGCCCAGCUCGGCGCAUACGAUCGAGCUGGACCCGCUCGGAAAGGAGAAGCCAAUUCAUCGAUGUGGAAUUUGUAAUCGGGGAUUUCUCAACAAAUCGAAUAUCAAGGUCCACUUGAGGACCCACACAGGCGAGAAGCCCUUCAAAUGUGAAGUCUGCGGAAAGGCGUUUAGACAAAAGGCGCACCUACUCAAACACGUCCAAAUUCAUAAACGGAUUACGAGGGACUAAGUAAUUUUAAUGUAAAAACAAAAUCUAAACGAACCCGAUUUUUUUAAUUAACCAUCCAAUCAUAACUAUUUAUACACCUUAAAACCGCUUCCUUUUUGUUAUUUCCUCUAUCUCAGAAGUAGAAAAUGUAUGUAGAAAAUGCAUAUCUUGUCUCAUUAUUCAUUCCGUUGAGUUUUGUUAAAGUUUUGCGUGUUAAGAGACGGGUGGAUAUACUAUUAUUUAGUAUUUUACUUAUUGUUGUGACCGAAUAAUUGGUUAAUUAAUUAAUUAAGUAGAUAAAUUUAUAGCGCAGUCCGUCUCCAGAUUUUGUAUAUUUUAAAUACUUACAUAUGCUGGUAACAAUCGAUUAUUCAUCCCCAUGAACUCUUAAAUAAUGAUAAGUCUCACAUCUCAGGAUAUUUUAGUUGAAUCCCUCCAUGCCUUCAGUCUCCUUCUUUAACACGAUAAGUAGAUAUGUAACAGUAGAAUUAUUAGUCAGAAAUAUAUAUAUUUAGGAAACAUAUUUCCCAUAUUUUCCAUAAUUUCUGUCCGUUUCAUUACAUAAUUUUCAAAUAAUAACUAAUUUCUGAAAAGUGAUAAUCGAGUAAAAAAGAACUAGAUAAAUAUUUUUAUACUUUAACCAAAAUUCUGUCCUCUUUUAGUACUUAAAUAAUCUUCUCAAUGUUGCAUACCAUUCUUGAAUUAAUUAAUCUUCCCUUUAGAGAGAAAGAAAACCUGUAAAAUUUCAUAUUUAAGUUUUAAAUAUUCCGUAAAUUAUGAAGCUUAAAAUAGUACUUGAUUCAUUCUGUUGAAGUGUUUUGUAAAAAAAAUAGUUGAUGAACAUGCGACGACAAUCGGACCGAUAAGUAGUUAUCGAUGGCGAAAAAAGUGAACUAUUCAGUACCUCAAAAAACAGUUUAAUUCUUGUCGAUAUUGUCAAUCGUACCUAUUUAUUGUUGUACCGUUUUUAUAUAAAAAUUGUCUACAUUCUAUGAAGAAACGUUGUCGUCUUAUGUGUGAUUGUACAAUUUACGGCAAAUUAGGCUACUUAAAAUUAGUAAUUUAUUUUAAACUUGAACCUGUCUAAAUCGAAAAUGUUAUUUAUGUAUAUCGUUAUACAAUUUCCCUGUUUUCUUUGUUUCUUAUUUGUUGUUGUACUCUGUCGUUUAAUUACAAAGCAAUUUAAAUAUGUAUUAAAUUCAGUUUUGGACUGGAAACUCUGCUGGACGACAA